ACAAACAACUGACAAAACUCAAAAUACUCGACAUAACCUCACACAGCGAGUUUCAACGGGGAAAAAACUUUAUUUCAAGUUGAAAAUUUGUUUCAAUUAAAUCCUGAUCAAGACACAGUGUAACAAUCCGUGACAAUGUCCAAUUUCGAUUUGAAUGCCAUAUCAACAGCUCUGAAUGAGCCACCUGCACUUUCCGGUGUUAGUUUCCUGGGAAAAGCCCUCAAAUGGGAAACGGAAGCAGCCGCCAAGGAAUUGAUUGAAGCCAUCGAUGCGUGCGCCAGUCUGCAGUUUUUAAAUCUAGAAGGUAACACGUUGGGCGUGGAAGCCGCCAAGGGUAUCGGUAAGGCGCUGGAAAAACGCCCGGAAUUGAAGGAAGCACUAUGGAAGGAUUUGUUCACCGGGCGGAUGAAGACGGAAAUUCCACCAGCACUGCGUGCUAUGGGGGACGGAAUGGUGGUAGCCGGAGCCCAGCUGACAGUACUCGACUGUUCGGACAAUGCGUUGGGCCCGAACGGGAUGACCGGGUUGGUCGAUCUGCUCCAGAGUCCCGUUUGCUACACGCUGCAGGAAUUAAAACUGAACAAUUGCGGACUUGGCAUCGAAGGUGGAAAGAUGUUAUCCCGAGCCCUUCUAGCGUGCCACGCUGCUAGCAAAGAAAAAGGGAAACCAUUAGCUCUGAAGUUGUUCAUUGCUGGGCGAAACCGUUUGGAAAACGACGGUGCCAAAGCUUUAGCCAACGUUUUCGGGACACUCAAAUCGCUGGAGCACAUAGAAAUGCCCCAAAACGGAAUCUAUCAUCCGGGCAUUACGGCCCUGUCGGAAGCUUUCAAACAGAACACUAAUCUGCGCAUCCUGAACCUGAACGACAACACUAUCGGGCCUCGUGGGGCGCAGGCCGUUGCCGAAGCCAUCUACGAUAUGCAAAACCUAAAGGAAAUCAAUUUCGGAGACUGUUUGUUGAAAACAAAGGGAGCCAUCUAUCUCGGAGAAGCUCUGCAGGAAGCGCAUACAGCUAUUGAGAUUUUAAACUUAGGGUUCAAUGAAAUUGGUCCUGAAGGUGCGUUUGCCAUUGCUGGGGCUACUUACAAUAAGAAUAAUUUAAAAAGUCUAACUCUGGACGGAAAUCAGUUUGGAUACGACUGCCGGGAGCAGUUGAAGUUCACCUUAAAUGAGUAUGGUAGACUGGAUGCUUUGGGAUCUUUAGAGGAGGACGAUUCUGAAGGUGAAGAAGAAGACGAAGACGAUGAAUAUAACGACGAGGAGGAAGUUGAAGAAGAAGAAGAAGAGGAGGAUGAAGAAGAUGAAGAAACAGACGACAAGGCAGAAUCGGAUGGCGAAGAAUCUGACGAAGCUGAAGCUAACGAAAUUCGUAAUAUCCAGAAGGCAACUGCUGAACCAAAAAUCGAAAGACCUUUACUAUCAAAUUGCACAAUUGAUUUGGAUCAAACUUUACCAAAUACCGUUGAAUCCUACUGUCAAACGGAUUUUCCAUCGGAAACUAUGUUCGAUGCACUGGGCGAAACCGACAAAACGGCAGCAUUCCGAGAAUACCUGAAAACACUUUCGGGCGAAGACUACCUGGUGUAUUUAGCCUUUACCAUACUUAAAUUGUCCGAGAUAUCAGAUAAAAAUGCGGAAGCACUAGUCGUUACAGAAGCACUUUUUGCCGAUGUAUAUGAGUAUGCCAAAAACAACAAUCGCCUUAAAAGCCUGAGGAACUUCCUGUUGAUUCAGCUGGGAUUACUGAAGUCCGAAGAAAAAUCCUUCAAACCGGGCUACAAUAUUCAAGGCUGUCGGCAUGCCCUCAAGAAUGCCAUGAGUAAAAAUAUCAUCCCAGAGGAGGAGCAAAGCUUUUUCAAAGUGUUCCUGGAACAUAGGGGUUGAGUCGAAUAGUUCGUUUUCCGUAAAAUUACAAUUGUAAUGUUUUUAUUUUAAUGCUAAGGUAAUUUAUGCUCCCCAAUAAAUUCAAA